AAUGGGUAAAAUAAAUAGUGUGAUGUGAUGUACUACAGUGCACUCUGUAAUGUGUUGUUAUACCACACUAUAGUCUAUGGUGGACAGCCAGGAUGACUUUGAGGAGAGGAGGAUGACCAGCCGAGCUCAGAAACUACUAAACGCUCUCAAAAUUCAGAGCAGCAGAAGCAACGCCAUGUUCAGCCUGCAGAUGCUGUGUGAGAGGAACAGUCGCUCCCAGGCCUCGGCUACCUUCUUUUGCCUCCUGGUGCUAAAGAAACAGCAGGCCCUGGACCUGCACCAGAGCGAGCCUUACGCUGACAUUAUAGCCACACCUGGACUCAGGUUCUAAGAGGUGAAGACACCUGCUAAUUGUGCCUCGUUCAUAGACUCACUGCUAUCUGUCAAUAACUGCACAAAACUCCAGCGGUCUAGACACCCUCGUCUCAUAGCAUGGACACUAAUUAAGAACUGAUUACACCAAUAAAUAUUAUUUGGAUAAUAUUUAUUAAACUUGGUUGUGAUAUCCAGCACUAAUGAGAUAGUUAUGUCACCUCUAUGAAUCUCCCAGGACCCAGACCCAAGUCACUCCCUUUGUGAGAAAGCAGGGCCUGCUACAAGACAUAAUUUGGACAGGGUUAACAUCUGAUUUGUCUCAUUGGGUCAGAGCAAAGGUUUUGGAAUGUUCUGUUGUUGUUUUGUUCAGGAGCUUUAGGUUUACUUUACUUGUUUGAAUAAGAUGGUUUUGUUAUUGUUCAUUAUGCCGACAGACUAGGAUUUGUUGGAUUUACCAAUUUCAGUAAUUUUAAUAAGGGUAGUUUUAGUACAGUGUUUUUAAUUAAGGAAUUGUUUUUAUUCUUAACGAUCUGUAAGUAUAACAGUGAAUUUUAUUCAAUUAAAUGUAUGAGCAGCCUUCUUCAAUGUUUGUAAAGUAUGUAUUUCAAGUCUCAAUUAAAAGAAGUACAAGUUCACCAUAGAAGGAUGUUGAGCUAAUACGUUGAAGAGUAA